AUGUUGUUCCGGUGCGGUGCAGGUCCCAGUGACACCGGGGAAGAUGCCCGCUGCAGCUCUUCGCCGGGAGUCUCUUCUUGCCUGUCCGGUGCGGAUCCGAUGCGGUGCAUCGCGCACAUUGACAUGGACUGCUUCUACGCUCAGGUGGAGGCGGUGCGCCUCGGCGUGGACUGCCGCGUGACGCCAUUUGCGCUCGUACAGUGGGGCAGCUUUAUCGCGGUGAACUACCCGGCCCGUGCGCGUGGGGUGAAGCGGUUUUGCCUCUCGCCGGACGAGGUGAGGCGCGAGCUGCCAGAUGUUCAGAUGUCGCACAUCGCCACGUACGCCAUGGGCGAGUCCGAGUACUGCUACCCCGAGGCUCCGCGCAUCAACACACACAAGGUGUCCUUGGAGCCGUACCGACAUGCGAGCCGACAGAUCUUUGCCAUUCUCCGUGCGGAGCCCGGAGUGGUCGUCGGAAAGGCCGGCAUUGAUGAGGCGUACAUUGACGUGACGGAGGCGGCGCGACGGGAGCUGGCGGAGGUGCGCGCUGCCGCCGCGGGUGCCUCGCUGGACCCGCUGGCGGACGUGAUGGAGCCGUCGACGCGGCUGAUUGAGGACCGGCGCGCGGAGAUGGAGGCGUGGUUCGGCGCGCGGGGGACGUCGCUGGCUGCUGUGUUCGACGAGCCGAUGCGCGCCCUGGUGCGCGGCGAGUGCGGCGCUGAGCUGGAGGGAAGCCGCGCAUUCUGCGUUGGCGCGGACGACGCUGCGUACGCGGAGCGGUGCCUGCUGCUGUGCGCUGCGUCGCGCGUUGUGCACCGGCUGCGGCAGCGCAUCUACGCGGAGCUGCACUACGACUGC